CUAUGCAGGCAGCUAGCGUGGAGACUUGAUAAACCGGCCCCAUCCAUCCAUCCGACAACACGUACGUGGAGCAUUUCCGUUUAUUUCCUAGUACCAGGAGCAGCGGACAGUCACUUUCUCCAACAGCAAAGCUAGCUAGCCAGACAUCCAUGGCUUCUCACGCCGAGCCCGCGCAAGGAGAAGCCGCCGGCGCCGGCGCCGGCGGGGGGCACGUGCUCCUGCUGCCGUACCCGAGCCAGGGCCACGUGCACCCGAUGCUGCAGUUCGCCAAGCGCCUGGCGCACCACGGCAUGCGGCCCACGCUGGCCGUCACGCGCCACAUCCUCGCCACCUGCACGCCGGACGCCGCCCUGGCCUCCGCCGUCCGCGUCGCCGCGGUCUCCGACGGCUGCGACGCGGGCGGCUUCGGCGAGUGCAACGACGUCGACGACUACCUCUCCCUGCUCGAGGCCGCGGGCUCCGAGACGCUGGGCGAGCUCCUCCGGGCCGAGGCCGCGGGGGGCCGGCCCGUCGUGGCCGUGGUCUACGACGCGUUCCUGCCGUGGGCCCGCGGCGUGGCAGCGGCCCACGGGGCCGCCGCCGCGGCCUUCUUCACCCAGCCCUGCGCCGUGAACGUGGCAUACGGCCACGUGUGGGGGCGGAAGGUGAGCGUGCCGGUGGAGGCGGGCGCCAAGGUGGUCGGCCUGCCCGGGCUGCCGGCGCUCCAGCCCGAGGGAUUGCCGUGGUUCCUCAAGGUCGGGCCCGGACCGUACCCGGGGUACUUCGAGAUGGUGAUGAGCCAGUUCAAGGGACUGGAGUUAGCUGACGACGUCCUCGUUAAUUCUUUCUACGAGCUCGAGCCCGAGGAGGCAGCGUACAUGGCGUCAGCGUGGGGCGCCAAGACGAUCGGGCCGACAGUGCCAGCAUCCUACGUCGGCGACGACCGCCUGCCGUCGGACACCAAGUACGGCUUCCACCUCUUCGAUCUCACGGCCGCGCCCUGCAUCGAAUGGCUGUCCACCCACCCUGCGCGCUCCGUCGUGUUCGCCUCCUUCGGCAGCCUCUCCAACCUCGACCCGGCAGAGAUGCGCGAGGUGGCCCAGGGCCUCCUGGACGCCGGCCGUCCUUUCCUCUGGGUCGUCCGCUGCUCGGAGGCCCACAAGCUCCCUGCCGGCUACUCGGAGGCUUGCGGGUCGCGCGGCGGGCUGGUGGUCUCGUGGUGCCCGCAGCUGGAGGUGCUGGCCCACCGGGCCGUGGGCUGCUUCCUGACACACUGCGGGUGGAACUCGACGGCGGAGGCGCUGGUGGCCGGCGUGCCCAUGGUGGCGCUGCCGCAGUGGACGGACCAGCCGAUGAACGCCGAGUACGUGGAGGCCGUGUGGCGGGUCGGGGUUCGGGUGCGGCCGGCGGCGGAGGACGGGCUCGCGCGGAGCGGGGAGAUUGUGAGAGGGAUCGAGGAGGUGAUGGAAGGGGAGAAGAGCGGCGAGUACAGGAGGAACGCCGCCGCCUGGGUGGAGAAGGCCAGGGCAGCCAGCAGGGAGGGCGGGAGCUCCGACAGGAACAUCGCCGAGUUUGUCGCCAAGUACUCGUCCAAGUGAAUUUACUCUUCGAAGCGAUGUAAUUCAUGAGCUACUACUGCACAGGGUUUGGAAGAUGGACACUCCGUUGGAUGAACUAAAUGGUUAACGUGUAUAUACUCCGAACCCCUGUUGAUCGGAAAUAAAUGGUUUGUGUGUAUAUAUGGCUCAUGGUUCACGUUUCAUGUAGUGGUGGUUCUCGAGCAUCAAGAGAGUGCGAAAUAAUUCAGAGUUUAAGGUUUUCGUU